UUUCAAGGAACGCUCACUAAUCAAGAAACUAUUUAUUUAUUUUCUUUUUAAAUUAUGGCAUUAGAUAGUGUGUCAGGGUUAGAAAAAUUACCGAUUUUUUUUCCAAAAUUUGCGCGGGAACAUAUUUUAACAGAGCAUGAGUACACCCUUAACCUUCUAUGGAGUCAUUUAGAAUCUUGUCCAAAAAGCAUAUGUGAAGACAAUAGAAAGUUUACAACUUUAAUACGCUUGGCAACCAUUUUACCUUCAACAGCCUUAGUGAGUUUCGACGCAUUGAGUUACCUUCUUGUGGCCUUAUGGAAUUUGUACUGUGAAAAAAACAUAACGUAUUCUCAAAAACAAGCAUUGACUCCAAUUUUGACAACCCGGUUGAAGGCUCUUAAAACAACAUACUGCCCGCAAAGCUGGAUGUCCUUGACAGCUCGCAGCUCAUUUGUUGCAGAAGAGAAAAUACGACAUUUAGGAACUCAGUUGCACUGGAGACCUCUUUUUACUAUGCUUCACGAAAGAUUUACUAACCGUGGUUAUCGGGACAUUGUAGAUAUUAAUUGUGAUAUUAGAAAAAGUCACAUUAAUCUCAUCUUUUCUUUGGUCUCCUCCUGCCGUUUUCUAUGGAAUAGUAAUGAAGUUGCAUCCGAGUUGAUUAAGAUACUCAAUUUUGAUUUUGCAACAACUCGCUCAGUUUUUGAUUUAACCUAUUCUUCGCGAAUGUUGUCUCUUUUUGUUGGAAAAGAGUUUUGGCAUAGAAAAGUAUUAGAAGGGGAUAUAUUAAAAUGGUGGCUGCCAUUAUGCGACCGAAAUGAUUCAAUGUGGGAUACAUUAUUUUGUAAAGUUUUGUAUAAUGCAGUACGUUAUGGUUGGGCAAAAGGUAACCCUUUAUUUGAUGCAUGCUUUCCGAUUCGUCGAUUCCUUUUUCAAUUACUGACAACAAGUCUAUGUUAUCCUGUGGUUACUAAAAGAGCAAUUUCUUUCUCUAAAAUUCCGGUUAUUGCGGAGUUGCUACAAUUAUCAUCAAAACAGCAAUACGCUUAUUCAAUUCUCGCAAAAAUUGUUGUUUUAUUAUUAGAACCUAUUGAUGGUCCUCAAAUUGUAACGAGUGAUAAUUGCCACGUUAUCCCUAUGGCUGAAUCUCAACCUUACGAUGAAGCGUUUUCAAGAACAAAUGACCCCUCAAUUUGGGAUUUGCUAGAAACAUUUUUGUCUGUUCUGUUUCCCUUAACCCAUCCAAAUAACCUAGAAGCCUACACAAUUCCAAUAAGCCGAUUCGUUUCGAGCUUUAUAAUUUCGUACACUCGUCGAGUGUCCCGGGAACGUAUGACAGAUUCGGUUGUGGAUUAUAAAGUAGGAAGAUGUCGUCGAAUGGAUGUCAUAAAAAGCUAUCGAUUGGGUCAAAAAGAAGAUAAGAAGAUCGUAUCCCUUUUCCUACCUUUGGUUUUACAAGGCAUCUAUUCGAAAUCAUCCAACGCUAGUUCAGCAUUUGAAUACGCUAUGAAGCAUUUAUGCUAUUUACAUCCAUCGUCAACUUUGCCGAUUGUAACUGAUCAAAUUUUAUCAGCAUUAGCCACUCUUACAGACUCUCAUCGUAUACAGUCUGCUCUUAGACUUCUUAUACACUUGUGCCCCUUGAUACUGCAAAGAAUGCCUGAACUUAUUCCCGAUAUGUUGUCAUUGACGCUUCCUGCUCUGGACACGAGCGACCCUUUUAAAACUGUUCAAGUUCUUACAUUCUACAUUAUCUUCUUUUCUCACAUGAAAGCUACAGAUAUUUCUCACUUGGAUACAGAAAGUAUUCAAAUUGGUUUUUUUCUUUCUAAAAUGAAAGAUUCAUUUUAUUCUUUAUCGAACCAAGUAUCCCCUUUUGUUAAUGUUUUGCGAUACCCUAAAGAAACGAUACCAAAAAAAGUUUACUUGAAAGACGAAACUGAUGAUAAUUCGAAACAAUUCUCUACAGAACAACAUCAGGGGAGUUGGGAUGAUCCACAACUAUUCUGGACAGAAGAAAACACAAAACUACGUUUAUCUUCUAUAAUUAGAGCCUCGUUUUACAUGCCUGUCUGGAUUCAUGACUUUUUUAAUCAAAUUUUAGAGUUAGCAUCUCAUUCAUUGAAAAUUGAGAAAAAAGCAAAAAGUACAAUGUCUUCGGUGGAUCGAUCCUUGUUUGUGGCAGCAAAGUUUUGCUUAACACAAGUGUUAUGUAGCUGUAACGAAAACGCGUGUAUUACUAUUUGUCAAGUCUUUCGAGAUUGGAUUAUACAGAAUCUUUUUCCGGACGCAAUUAAUAUGACAGCUUUCAUAUGUAGGUCGUUUUCCCAAUCCCAUCCAACCUUAGCUUUAAGAAUCUUAUUGCAACCCAUUUGCGAUAAAAUUCUUCAAUUUCACCUCAAUCACCCAAAUGUUUCUAUCAUUGUAUCCAAUUCUAGAGAAGAAAAAUCUUUAAUGUGGUUUAUGAAAUGUCUGAGUAACUUACUUCGCGUUGGUGGAGGUCACCUGUACAAGUAUCGGUCAGAUAUCGUUACUAUUAUUGCAUGGAGUUUUCAGCAAACAAAUAAAACAAUAUUUCGUUUAGGAUUGAAAAUACUCUGUCGGACUAUCGAGUCUUGUACAACUAUCUCAAUCAAUCCACAAUGUUUAUUAAGUUCUGAAACUUUGUCUGAAACUGAAUUAAUAGAUUCUCUUCUCAAAAUAGGUUUACCUUGGUGGAGAGAUUAUCAAACGUUACUUGAGGAUAUAGCUCGUAGCCCUGUUAAAGAUAACUUACAUGGUUUGAAUGACUCUGACACUGGUACCAUUUUUCCUAAUAUUAAUUGGUUUUUUCCAUCAAUGGAUGAUUUAAAAUUUUGUGAAUAUCUUAUUGGAUUAAGUCUGUAUUAUGCGAAAAGGUUACUUUCCAGUAGUCUACAGAAGUUUGACGAAGAAGAGUGUUGUGUAUAUUACACAAAUCAAGAAAGUGAGACUUCUACAGAACUCGACCUACAAAAUCUUUCCAAUGAGCUUUCUUUGCCAACUUUUUGCAAUCUGUUUGCGACUUGUCAAAUAUUUACUCAGCUUGAUCGAUUAUCUUUAGAACGUGUGUUAUCAAUAGGUCGUCAUGUUCUUAAAUCGUUAGGGAGUACAUAUCCUGAUGAACGAGUUAAUGAUUCACCUUCACUUCCUAUCAUUUCACCUUACGCAAAAAAUCUUUCCCUUUCAGUAUCUGAAUUUUUAGCUACCGCUUGUUUCUCAAUAUCUCGCAUUUAUUUGGGAUUAAAAGUUAACACUGACCACACAACCAUUCAAUCUAUUCCUCCACUUGUUGAGAUGCGUGGGACUGAGGAUGGUGUUUUAAUGCGAAAACUGCUUAAAGCAGGACAUCAAGUUUUGUCUAGAAAAGGCUGUUAUUGGAGUAUUAACGCACAGGCAUCCGUGACUAAUCGACUUUGGAAUACACUUAACUCUUACACCUCCGUUUGCACGGGAAUACACCAUUUGUCUGAAAAUCAAGAUUUUUCAAUAUUGGUUUUCAUUGAAAGAUUAUUGCGGCAAUGGGGCUUGCGAACUGAUUUGAGAACAUCACAGCAUCCUUUUACUGGUUACCGACAAGAUUUAUUGAUGCUUGUUGCUAGAUUAGCGAAUCAUUUUUAUUCGGAAAACAGAGUUUCCGCCCAACAUAUAUUAAAAAAUACCCUACGGCAGCAUUAUGGUGCAAAGUGUCACAUCAUGCAUAUGCUGUUAAAAGAUUUACGUGACGCUCUUGAUAGUUUAAAAUUACACCAACAAGCUAGCGAAGCACCUGCUUCUAGUAAUCAUACAAAACAAGCUUUACAGAAACCUGCGUUACCUCAAAUUAGCCACUCGUGUCCUCAACUCAUAACUUCAGCUGGUGAAUCAAGGGUAAUGAUGAACCAGGAGUCAUAUGGAUAUCCAUCGUUAGAUUAUAAUGAUUUAAAUGAAAUCGAGUUAGAACUUUGUUAUGCUAGGAUAACAGGGGUGGUUUAUGUGUUGACUUGUCCGGCAAUGUUAAAACGCAUAUGGAGAACACCUGUGCUUUUAAAAAAUUGUAUGCUUGCUAUUUGUGAUUGUUUCAAAGCCGCGAUAACUAGACCUAGCUUACAAACUAGACUAUAUACUUUAGCCCAUUCUGUCGUAUAUGCUCGUGAACCCGUGGUUUGCACUGCAGAGGACUAUCAGACACAUAUUGUUGAGGGGUUAAUUUUAAAACUAGUUGAUAACUUAUUGACCCAUGCAUUAGGAAAUUGGACAUAUCAACUAGUAGCAACUACUUUUUUAAUAGCUAUAAGUUCUCCUUUCCCAAAAAAUGCAGAGGAAAAAUAUUCGCAAUGGUUACUUGCUGCGUGUAACUCAUCGAAAUAUUUUCCUUUAUUGAAUACUGUAGCACUGUACUCUCUAACCAUAUAUUUACACUCUAAAAUGGCUUUGUCGACAUCUUCAACCACCACUAAUAAUUUCCCUAAGUCGGUUCUAUCAACAUUAGCUGCGCCGGGAACAAUACAUAUUUUAAUGGAAGCGUUAGUACACGCUCAUCAUGAAACCUGUGGUUCUACUAGUGCAUCAUACCCAGAAACUGUUUAUCAAUUAAUUCUUGACAUUUUGAAUUUGGAUACAACCUGGCCUAUAUCAGAGUUUCCCCGAGAAUCACGUUAUUUUUGUUUGCAUAACUCUCUGACUGUUUCAACUCUCGUUAGGUUUCAGAAAACGUUUCUGACUACUGAAACUUUAACUUAUCAUUUAGAUCAAUGGAAACAGUCACUUCAUUAUUUUCUACAGUUUCCUAUCGGAGAAAAAGAAUACUAUGUCGCAUGUUGUGAAAUCGUUGGUGGUAUUUUAAACGCAGCUAAUGAAUGGGAUCAGGAAUCUUUCAUUUUUACGUGGCAGUAUCUUCAUCCAGAACUAUCGCGCAUCUUUUAUGCUCUUGAUCAGGAGGUCUUUUUAGAUUUUCUAGACGCUAUGCGGUUUGCUACUGACUUUUCCGUAUUAAAACAAGAUCAUAUCCGUUUUGUUUUAAAUGAGUCAGAGAGAUUUAAACCUUUAGUCAACUUUCUUUUAUAUUUAGAUAAUUCCAAUAUAAACAAUGAACCAAUUCAACAGACCAUAAAGCAGUUUGAUUUGUUAUCUUCCAUGUCUUCUAAUAGAUCGUCUCUUGAAACUACCAAACGUUUGAAGUUAAUGUUGUUGAUUAUAAAACAGUGUUCAUCAGAAGCUGUCUUUCUAAUUCAAACACUAAUUCCGUCCAUUCCUCAACUUAUUAUCUACCCAUAUAAUCAAAUGCGAAUUGAAAUAGCCAAAUGUUUAGGUUUUAUUUAUACAAAAAUAUGUGACAUGUCGCAUGGUCAUGAUAGCCAACUUGUUCAUCAGCUUAAUACUGUUAUAAUGGACGUAGGAGAGAAAUACAUUCAAGGCUUACGGCAAACAUCCUUUGAACAAGUUCAUGGAGAUAUCACGACGCAACGUUCUGAAGAUUUUAUUGGAACAGAAACCUUGAUGCUUUCAACAACAAUAUUUUUCCAAUCAUUAUUAGGUUUGGAUGUACCGUCUUGUAUUAGUGGGCUGAUACCGUUAUUCUUCGAAUCGGUAAAGCAUCCCGAUAUUAAAUUGAACGAUAUAUCUCGAACUACAUUAACGUACAUUGCAGUUCGUUCUGGUGCCGAAAGUUUACCUUUUGAUGGCUUGCUGGAUUCCUCAGUCGGUCACUCGACUAGCGAAAUUUUUAAAGGCUUUUUAAAGGCAUUAAAAGAUUGCGCGCAAGCGUCUUCCUGGAAAUUAAGACGCUCUGCUAUCGAAUUUCUCCAGAUAUUUUUAAAUCAAUAUCGAAUGAAGUUAUGUUUUACUGAGACAUUUAAUCAGUUAGUAGAUAUCUGUAUUGAGAGACUUACCGACUGCCAAAGCGAAGUUCGUGAAGUCGCACAACGCACACUUUCCAACUUUGCGCUUUCCAUGUCAUCAUCAACAUGCCGAACUUACGCUCAACACUUUUUGCAACUAGCACUAAAAUGUGACUCUGGUGAUCCGAAAAAAAUUGGCGGUGUUCUAGGACUUUCUGCUUUGAUACAAUCGGCUCCCUAUCAUAUUCCGGACUGGUUACCUUCCACUAUUGUUCAACUAGCGCAGCUUGGUGGAUCUAAAUCAGACGACAUUGUCAGGAGACAAGUUGAAAAAACAUUACAGGAAUUUUUCCGAACACAUUGUGAUGCAUGGAAUGAACUGCAUGUAAAAAAAUUCUCUUCGGCACAAUUAAAUAUCUUAAACAUAUAUAAGGGUCGUCCCCGAUAUUUCUCGUGAAAUUCUUUA